UUGUUGUAUAUUACAGAAAGCGUACAAAGUGGUUCUUCGCAGAGGCGUAAGCAUAGGCGUGGCAAGAAGUCCAAGAUGCUGCCCAAGAAGACGAAGAGUCAGUAUCCGCCUUGGAAACUCGAUAUUCUGCCAGCUGCAACGGGAAAUGGAGCCGCCAUCAGCAGCGGCAGCGGCAAUGUUCGCACCAAACUGGUGCGUUCGCGUUCCCUUCUGGUGCCCUAUAACACAAAUCGCUUUCUAAUGGAGGAGCACAUGUCCGAGCUGCCGAAGGAUGAGUUCGAUGACAAUUGCUUUGGCUCACAGACCGAAGAUCAGGAACUGUUCCUAUCGAAGGAGUUCUCCAAUGUUUACGAACGUGCGCGCCUCGAGCGUCUGGAGACAAUGAACAAACAGGAGCUGAUACAGGAGUGUCUACAGAUUGAGGAUCGCUACGCAAAGGAUCAAGGGCGACAACGUCAGCAGAGCCUGAAUGCCCAGAACAUAUCCAAGGAGUAUGGCUUAAAAAUACGCACAUUAGAGGACAAAAUACGUGAACUGACGCGAGAAAAUCAAAUUUUGCGAACACAUAUUAUACGCUCGCGAUCGCCAACAAUCACAGCAGCAGCUGCAGCAGCCGCUUCACCGCCCUCGGCAGCCGCGCCCACAGCCAGCGCCGUUUGCGAGCUACAGGCGCGUCAACAGCCGCAGCAACCCACUCCGAUGGACUCGUCCAGCGAGGACAGCGAAAGUGAUAGCAGCAGCUCCACAUCCACGACCACAUCCAGCAGCUCGUCGUCGAGCAGCGAAGGUCAUGAGAUAGGCGUGGCUGGUCUUAAUAUUGCCAAUGGCCAUGCAGAGCGAACUGGUCACCAACAUCAGCAUCGACAUCGACGUAGUCGCAGCCGCAGCCACUCGCGUUCUCCCAUUCUUGUGUCUGGUGCUGCUGCUCAAUUGAAUGGUCACGCCAACGAAGAGGAGGAACGCUUAAAUCUAUUGGAGGCCAGCCGCAUGGAAGAGGAUGACAACUCCAGUGAGGAUGCCAAGAACGAACCCAAAUAA